GACGUGGCACGGCGCGGCGCCGGCGUCGCGUCCGCUCUCGUCGCGUUGCUUCUUGCGGCUCCCAGCGCUGCCAGAAGCAGCGGCCGCGCCAAGGAGAAUGGGCCCUUCACCUUUCAGGACUCCACCCCUGAGGAGCUUCUCGAAGCGGUGAAGGCCUUAGAGGCACCUUCAAGGUCUCCCGAAGCAGUGCUUGCAGCCAUCGACGAGUUUGCUUGGCAGAAGCAAUGGCUCAUGAACGUUGGUGACGUGAAGGGUCGAGUGCUGGACGCGGCGCUCAAGGAGGCCCUAAGAUUGAACUCAGGGCGAGCUGCUUUCACCGCGCUGGAGCUUGGUACCUACUUGGGCUACUCUGCGGUACGUUUGGCCCGCUUGCUGCCUCCUUCAGGGAGGCUCUUUAGCAUCGAGAAGGAUGAAGAAAAGUUGAGGGUGGCAACGGAGGUGCUGAAGAUUUCCCAGCUCAAUACGAAGGUGACGUUGCUGGCGGGCACGGCGGUGGCUCAAACUGCGGAGCUGGUGCGGAGGAAUGUCAAGUUGGACUUUGUGUUUAUCGAUCACAGGAAGCAGGACUACCUCCCUGCAUUGCUUCGAUUGGAGGAAGCUGACCUCCUCAAUCCCAGAGCCGUGGUCGUGGCAGACAAUGUGGGUCUCAUGGAGAUCAACGACUAUGCGGAGUAUGUGCGCAGCUCUGGCAAAUACCUUAGUGCAUUUGUGGAGUCAGAGGUGGAAUACUUCUCAGAAGAUGAUCAGAGGGGGCGCGGGCCGCUGACCGAUGGAUUGGAGGUCUCGGUCUUCCUGGGCAACCUCUCCAUGCAGAGUGUGGCUGCGGAGAAGGGCGACCCUGCCAGGCGGAUGACUACCAACAAGACAUGCGGACAUUUACUGGCUUCCUAUGCAGACGUGCGGAGCUCCCACAUCUAUGACUCCUACAUGACCAGUGAACCGGUGCUGGAAGGAUUGCAACGGCUGGAAAAUGACGCUUGA